AAGGCUGCCCAGGCCGACAAAGGCCGUGUCGAGGACGAGGUUGAAGAGCCGCUCCAGGCUGUGAUUCUCGCAGACUCAUUCGAGACUCGCUUCAGCCCUUUUACCCUUGAACGCCCUCGCCACAGUCUAAGAGCCGCAGNNUGUCUGCUUCCUCUGGCCAACACCCCUUUGAUCGAAUACACCUUCGAGUUUCUUGCAAAUGCUGGAGUUGACGAAGUCUUUGUCUACUGUGGCGCCCAUACCGACCAGGUCGAGGAGUACGUUCAGCAGUCAAAAUGGACCUCCAAGGUCUCUCCCUUCAACAAUGUCGAGAUAGUCCGCUCCUCGUCCAACUCGAUCGGUGACGCCAUGCGCGAUCUCGACGCGCGCGCUGUCCUUACUGGCGACUUCCUGAUUGUCUACGGCGAUGUAGUCAGUAACUUGCCUAUCGAAGCCGCUAUUGCCGCCCACCGUCAACGUCGCACCAAGGACAAGAACGCAAUCAUGACAAUGGUCCUUCGCGAAGCUGGCACUGCCCACCGCACCAAGAUGCAGCGUGUUUCGCCCGUUUUCGUACUCGACCCUACCAAGAACCGCUGUCUACACUACGAGCAAAUGCGACCCAACCAGCCCUCCCAUUUGGUUACCCUGGACCCGGACAUUCUAAAAGAGCAUGACGAACUUGAGAUCAGGGAGGAUUUGAUUGAUUGUGGUAUUGACAUUUGCACACCGGAUGUACUUGCGCUCUGGAGUGAUAACUUCGACUACGAGGCACCGAGAAAAGGAUUCCUCCACAGCGUGCUAAAGGAUUACGAACUGAACGGCAAGACCAUCCAUACUCACAUCGUCGACGAGCACUAUGCGGCCAGAGUUAAGAACCUGAGAGCCUACGAUGCCGUCACCAAGGACAUUUUGAGCAGAUGGGCAUACCCGAUCUGCCCCGACAGCAACCUGGUGCGCGAUCAGACUUACAGACUUACUAAAGGUAAUGUUUACCGAGAAGAAGGAGUCGUCCUAGCAAGGUCAUGUCAUAUUGGCCCAAGGACUGUUAUUGGUCGGGCGACAGCAAUCGGAGACGGAAGCGAAAUUUCCAACAGUGUGAUCGGCAGGAGGUGCAUCAUCGGCAGGAACGUCAAGAUCAGCGGCGCAUACAUUUGGGACGACGCUUCGAUUGGCGAUGGCACAGUAGUCAAGGACGCUAUCGUUGCAAACGAGGCUUCGGUUGGCAAGAAGUGCAACAUCAUGCCUGGUGCCUUGCUGUCGUACGGUGUUUACAUCUCUGACGGCACGACGAUCAAGUCGAGAAUCACAAAGGUGAAGCGUGAGUCGGGUUACGAAGGAGACGAAAUCGUGUGCGGAGAGACAAACAAGGAGGUUGUUGGCCAGAAAGGAGAGGGCUUCGAAUACGAAACCUCAGAAGACGAGGACGAAGACGACCAAGAGCACCACAGCCUGCACUCAGCAAGCAUCUACAACAUGCAGAACCAAUCGGCCGAAUCGAUCUCAACCCUUAACUCGGAAGACUACAGCGAGGAGUACGAAGACAGAGCGGAACGGAGCACAAGGUCGCAGAGUUUCGGCUCUAUUGGAUCUGUCGAUUCAGAGGACAGUAGAGCUGGUCGCGAGGCCGUCGACUUCCACCACGAUGCAGCAGCCAGUAUUUAUGACUCGUUGCAGAAGGGCGAUGAAGCUGCCAACAUCCAGCUCGAACUGACUGCACUUCGCAUGUCUGCCAAUGCAUCGCCGCAUAUGGUGCGUCGCGCAGUUGUGGCGGCCUUCAUGAAGCGCAUGGCUAGUCUGAUUGAAGAGGGUCUCACGCCAGCACAAGCGGCCAAGAAGACGAUACCGACGCAGCAGAUGCUGAUUGAGCGUACCAUGUUCGACCGUGGUGAGACCUACGAGGACAAGGUUGAUCAAGUGGACUUCUUGCUGCUCGUGCAGGCAGAUGUCUGCCACCGCCCAGAUGGCGAGAAGAUUAUGCUUCACGUCUGCAAUGAGCUGUACAUGGGCGAUGCUCUAGAGUUCGAAGGAGUCAUGCAGUGGUGGGCGGACGAGAAGAAUGAGGCUAGCGAUGAAUUGAAGCAGAUCAAGCUUGCCAUGGGCCAGUUUGUGGAUGCUAUCAAGGCUGCCGAGGAGAGUGAGGAAGAGAGCAGUGAAGAAGAGGAGACGGAGAGCGAGGAAGAGAGCGAGGACGAGUAG